AUGGGAGUCAACCAAUCAUGGGUCACAGAAUUCAUCCUGGUGGGAUUUCAGCUCAGUGCCGAGAUGGAAGUGCUCCUCUUUUGGAUCUUCUCCCUGUUAUACAUCUUCAGCCUGCUGGCAAAUGGCAUGAUCUUGGGACUCAUCUGUCUGGACCACAGUCUGCACACCCCCAUGUACUUCUUCCUCUCACACCUGGCUGUCAUUGACAUGUCCUAUGCUUCCAACAAUGUUCCCAAGAUGUUGGCAAACCUGAUGAGCAAGAAAAGAACGAUCUCGUUUGUUCCAUGCAUACUGCAGACCUAUUUGUAUCUUGCUUUUGCUGCUACAGAGUGUCUGAUUUUGGUGGUGAUGUCCUAUGAUAGGUAUGUGGCCAUUUGCCACCCUCUCCAGUACACUGUCAUAAUGAGCUGGAGAGUAUGCACGAUCCUGGCUCUCACAUCCUGGUCAUGUGGGUUUGCCCUGUCCCUGGUACAUGCAAUUCUCCUUCUAAGGUUGCCGUUCUGUGGGCCCCGGGAUGUGAACCACCUCUUCUGUGAAAUUCUGUCUGUCCUCAAGCUGGCCUGUGCUGACACCUGGGUUAACCAAGUGGUCAUAUUUGCUACCUGUGUGUUUGUCUUAGUUGGGCCUCUUUGUUUGAUGCUUGUCUCCUACAUGCACAUCCUCAGGGCCAUCCUAAAGAUCCAGACAAAGGAGGGCCGCAUAAAGGCCUUCUCCACCUGCUCCUCCCACCUGUGUGUGGUUGGACUCUUCUUUGGCAUAGCCAUGGUGGUUUACAUAGUCCCAGACUCUAAUCAACGAGAGGAGCAGGAGAAAAUGCUGUCCCUGUUUCACAGUGUCUUUAACCCAAUGCUGAAUCCCCUGAUCUACAGCCUGAGGAAUGCUCUGGUGAAGGGCGCCCUCCACAGAGCACUGCAGAGGCCACGGUCUAUGUAAGGAGUGGACAGAGUGUUAGCUGUAUAGGGCUUUGCCUUUAA